CAUUGUUAAGAUGAGAUUAUAUCAAUGACCCAUAACAUUAUUGAUUGUUUCAAUCCCUUCGGGUCAAAAGUGUCGGGUGGUGCUACGUAAAACCACAGAAUUUCCUUUUGUUUUCAUUUGGUAUAUAGGUUGUCCUUUAUCGCAAUUAAUUUCUACUUGUGACACAGAGUCGCUUCACCGAAUCUCGCCGCAAAGUAGCACACCGAGAUGAUAAUUCACUCGCCCAAAUAGAAAACACGAUCAACCAUAUAAUGGCAACGCACGAUAGCAGCCUACGCUUCAGAAGGGCAACAGCCACCGAUUUGGAGGGAAUUGCAUCUAUAUCUGUUGGAAUUUAUGAAGGUUCCGAUUAUGUUGUCCACCAAUUUCCGAAAUGGCUAAACGACGAUAGAUGGCAUCUUUAUAUUGCAGAAACAGCAAAUGGGAAGCUGGUUGGGUUCACGUCAUUGAAUAUCACUGACAAUGGAAGAAGUGCCAUCAUUAGAUCCUCUAGGGUUGACAUUGCAUAUCGAGGAAGAGGAGUGUACAAAAGUUUGCUUGAUUUUACAUUGAGAUCAGUCAGAGAGUUGCUUCCAAAUCUAAACAAUAUCUUGCGAUACAGGACUAAGUUAUUAGAUAAUUAUGAAUGUUUGGCCAAGGUUACCAAAUUGACAUUGGCGUGUAAUUUGACUACAAAAGAACAUUUAGUCAGCAAACUACAAGAAGGAGCACAGUUCACAACAUUGCAAGAGUUUCAGGAUCUGUACAGCCAAAGCCAGUUGAUAAGAAACAUGUUUCCUUCUGACUACCUUCGAAUAAACGCUGAGUUGUUCAACCUUAGCAUAAGCCUGAACUGGGAGUAUCUGAAAACCAGGGAUGAGCUUUUACUUUUAAUGACGAGAAAGCAAAGUGCCACUGGGUAUAAGUUAGCAGCAUUCUCGGUGUGGGAUACUGCCAUAAAAACUACAAAUCAAGGAGAGAAAUACUUUGGUGUGGAUUUCUAUGGGGCUGACCAUGAAUCGAUCUUGGACCAUUUUCUUCGAGGGAUGCAGGUUGUUUUUGACAAAAUUGGUGGAACUUUCAAUUUUAGUUUCUGGACAACAGAAGAAAAUGAAGGCUACUGCCAUAAAUUGUUUGAAGAAUUACCUUUUUGUAGAAUUAUAGAAAGUUUUCCGUUACGGUUUUUGAAAAGGGACCUGACGAUCCAAGUAAAGGACUGAAACUACUGCAUUUGUCUGUUUUGUCAAGUAAUGAAAGAACUUAAUUGAGGUAAAAAUAUACUGCUGGCAUAAUGUAGGCUUAUAUAUGGUCCUUAGGAUUGCUCACUUGAAUAGGAGCCAGUUGGCAUUUUGUCAUUUAGAAUUUUCGUUCAUUGUAGCCCCGUAGGUUAUUUGAAAUGUGGUUUACAGGGAGCUCUGCUAAAAGCCGACAAUUAAAUGACAUGUGGACAAUAGCAACCAAUUAUGAAUUUUCGAGAAUAGGCAUUUAAUCCAACGUCAAAUGAUAGUGAGAUCAAUAAAAAAUUUAGGAGCACUAGAUUCUGAAUAAAUUUAGUAAUAUGUAAUAGAAAUUACUGUUUACCGGUCUGUCAUUAAGUGCUCGAUGCCGUUCAGGCAGAGCUGUACAAGCUACUUGGUGUUAAGUUGCUAAUCUGAGUUCAACGUUUAAUGCGACCAUCAAGCAAAUUUUAGGAAUAUUUAUCUGAUUUCAAUUUUUAUUAAAUGUUACAGGCAAAAAGUCUAUCGUUUUCUUUUAAAUAACUAAAUAUUUUAAUAUUAAAAAAUUUAAAUUUUGAAUAUCGUUGAAUUGAACUCGUUUAGAAGAAAUAUCCAGAUUGCUGCUCAUAUUUAUGCUACAAA